AUGUCCAUGUCCAAGGUCAUGUCAAAUGACAGAGCAGCUGAGAAGCUGUCACACAUCCUUCUCAACUACCACUCUGGUAAGGGCUGGGAGAAAGAACUGGCGGAUGUCCUUCAGGCUUUUGCUGUCAAGUAUCAUGAGCUCUCGCCAGAAGUUCUUCUUGGUACCACCGGGUUCGACAAUUCUGACGACCACCCCAGCACACUGUGGCAUAAGUUCUUUGUCAAGUCACUCCAAAACACGCUAAAGGAGCUGCCGCCUAAUGUCGACAAACUGAAGGAGGCGGUUGAUGCGCUGGAGCAUCAGGAGGAAGGGAAAGGAAGUCUGGUACAAGUGUUGACGAUUACCAUACUGUCGAGAUUGAGAGCUUCCGGGAUAGAGCAAAGUUCGAUGUUAUUUUCCUUUCGCCCGCUCCAAACAACCUCUCUGGAAGGCAUCAGACUCGCCGCCAUUUCACUUUUAGUCAACAUGUCGCAACCCCCCCAAUCACGCGUGUUCACGCGGGAGCAGGCUAUAGAGAGUCUUGCGGAAUUCCUCAUCAAAGACAAGCUGUCGACGGACCCAAGAUGGAAGGGAGAGCUCUCAGACGCCCUCCAAGACUUUGCCGCCAGAUACUGCGAACUCUCCCUGAAAGGGUGGGAUGGGCGAUUGGACCUAGACAUGCGGUUGCACAAGGACGCACCUAGCCAGUACUGGCAUGUGUACUUUGUCGAGUCGCUUCGCAAGAUGUUGAAGUACUCGCCAGCCAGUACUGAGGAUUUGAUGAAGACUGUUCGCGAGCUUAUCGAUGCCAAUCGCAAAGCAUUUGAAGGGAGGGGAAAUCCCGCGUCACCUGCUACCUUGAGGGCGUUUCUGAGGGCUGGUUUCGAUGUCAAUAACAACGACGACAACAACAAGCGUCCCGCCGCGACAGAGGAUGACGACUUGAACACCCCGAACAGAAGCAAGGGCGCCAAAACCGAAGCGGGUGCCACGAACUUUACAGUUCACGCGAGAGGCCCCUACACCGUUCGCGUCUUCGAGGGCGACAUUCCACUCGGCGAGUUCAGCUCCAGCACCCCUGCGACGGUUCAGGUCAGGUUAAUUCAGAAGAGUGCUGCCUCUGCUGCUGCCGUCGAUGAUUGCGACGAGAGUGACAACUGA